AGUGGGUCACGUGCUGCUCACGGCGAUGGCGACCGUUAGCGAGCUGAAGGGCGUUCUAAAAGAGACCUUGGCAAAGAGAGGCGUUCUAGGCCAACUGAAAGCUAGAAUUCGAGCUGAAGUUUUUAGUGCCCUUGAUGAUCAGAGUGAACCACGGCCACCACUUUCCCAUGAAAAUCUACUAAUUAAUGAACUUAUCCGUGAAUAUCUUGAGUUUAAUAAAUACAAGUACACAGCGUCAGUACUGACAGCAGAAGCUGGUCAACCUGAGAUACCCUUAGACAGACAGUUUCUGGUAAAUGAGUUAAAUGUAAUUGAAGAUUCAAGCACAAAAACAGUGCCUCUGCUAUAUGGAAUCCUAGCUCACUUUGUAAAUGAGAGCAAAGAGGAUGGAGUUAAAUCUCUGAUUAAAGGUGCAUCUAUGCCUAAUAUAAAGAAAAUGACUUUAAAGCAACCAAAUGAGAAAUGUACCCUAGAUGACUUGCCCGAACCUGGACGAUUAGGUGGAAGAAACUUUGAAGACCAUUUUGUUCUCCGAGGUGGACAUUGAUUACAGCUGACUGUUCCUUUACCAGCGUGUUAAAUAACAGACUGCAGUUUGGCUACCUCUGGUUACCUCUACCUUUGGUUAUCUCUACCUUAAAGUCCUAGUAUCUUGAAAAUGACCAACAAAGGAAUUUGGUGCCUGGCACCCUGUUAUAUUUGUUUUUGUUUUACUUCUUUUGUUAAAUUGGUAAAUGUAGCUUUAUUUAAAAGAUAUGAACUUUGCCUAACUACUGGUAAUAAGGCCAGCCUUGGACCAGCAUGAGCAUUUAUACUGUUAGCUUUCAUGCUGCAAGCAGACACGUGGAAUCUGGUCAUAUGCCUAUUAUUUCUUUUGUGUCUGAGUCUGCAUUGUUACUUCAGUUGUCUGUGUUUUUUAACAUGUUAGUUUACUUUAUUUUCCUGCAAUAAAAACUGUAAUUUGGAACAGUAACAAGUGAUAAGUUUACCUAUUCUAAAUUUAAAUAUUAAGUUUUGGCAUCUAGGGUCUGCAGUCUUACUUUUCACAAUGUCUUGUUCUUCAUUUAUCUUAAAUUAACUUGCUGGUAUUCGGCCUACUUUAAGCCGGCCAAUACUGGAGCUAUGAAAUUGUCCAGUCAGACAUGAUCAAAUUGGAUAUGCAUUGGCAAUUACACAUUGAAACAAUGUUUGUCAUCUGUGAUAUUUUUGUAUUGAUAUUUAUUGCAAUGUUUUAUAUAUAAUAAAUUUGAUUUUGUCAAUUA